AUGCACUAUGAGACGUUGCGACAUUUAUUAGCACAAUAUGUGCGGAAAAGGGCACUAGGGGGGAAUCCACAAGGAUAUAUGACAAGUUUAUGGAAGGAUAUAGAGGACCAACUGGAGAAGUUUAUGGAAACAUUGGACGACGAUAUUGUGGAGCUCUAUGCAGCUAAUUGUUUAAACAAGGGUUAUAAAAGUCUGAGGAGAGCAGGCACACCUGUGGCAAAGAUAGUCGCGGAUAGACUAAUGUGCACACUCAUGACCAAAGCAUUAUAUUUUAUGAAUGAGAACACUUGGAACAUGCGGCGCACGCAUACAGAGGUUACUAAAGAUGAUGAGCUGAAGGAAUAUGUGCGGUGUGCCAUAGUAAAUAUAUUUAUGUACAUAUUGCUGGCAUAUCCAUGCAGAAGUACAAUGGGGAUAGAUAAUGCAUGGUACACCAUGAAACAGAUGGAACAAGGGUCAGGGGAUGGUUUAAUAACCAACGGUAAAUGUGGACAGGGAGUGUUUGCAGAUAUACAAAUCAAGGACUUCAACAUGGAGCAAAUGAUUAAGGCAUGGUUAGAGAACAACCCGAGGUUGACUGACAAAAUUGGAGGGCCACGCAUAGAAAGCAUAUGUACGAAAAAACUAGAAGAACUUGACGGGGCCACACAGGAUGCACAUACCAUGCCUGACAACACAGACCUGAGGGAAAAGGAGAAAGAAGCUAUACAGACACUAAGCAAAGACCUGAAGCUCAUAGUUGAGGAGGUAAAGACAGAAGUAGUGCAAUGCGCGGAGGACAAUGACGCAUGCAUGCAGUCUAUCGACGCUGUCACCCGUAGCAAUCCGGAGGAUGAUGACAGUGAGGCCUCAGCACCCAACUCUGUCGCAAGCGCUACACCAGCACCAAACGAACCGCCAGGUACAUCAUCGGGUAAUGGCACAAGUGAAUAUGACACAGAAGAUGCAACUACGAAUGCAAGUACAAUUGCUACGACCAGCGUGUCGUUGAGUGAUGCAACGGAUGUAGGGAAACGGGGUGAACGUAAUUUUUAUGGUGGCCGUGCGACGGGUAGUCCCGUGAAGAACACACUGUUCGAUGACAUGCGAAGAAAAUUUAAACCCAAGGUGCACGUCAAGAAUCCAGGACCUGUAAAGAGGAAGCCACAGAGUGGAACAGCGCAGAACAAGCUGAAGGAAUGUUGUCAGAAAUUGAAACGUUGUAAAAUGGGGAGAAGAGCAUGGUUGGCGCUUAUAUUAGUACUCUCAGUUAUUUACCCAUUACUUCUGUCCGAAGUAGGAGUACAUAUGUUGCUUGCGAUUUUUUAUGUGAUGGUUGGUCAAUUCAAUUUUACGCUGUUCAUGACCAGGUAUGUACCUUCCAUGCUGAUUCCAAUUAUCUAUUCCUGCGUGCUAGUAUGUUUCUGGUGCUCGAAGAAGGGAAAAUGUAUAGUAAAUAGAAUUUGCAAGGACGAAACUCGCACAGAAACGGAAAAAAACGAAGGAGAAGCAAAUAAGAAACCGGAAGUUCCAAAGAAACCAGAAGUACCAAAGACACCUGAAGUACCUAGCAAACUAAAAGUACCAUGGAAACUGAAAUUACGUAAAAAACCAUAA